UUGAUUUCUAGUUAAUUUAUUUUUUACGUAUCAUAAUAAUAAAUAAAUAUUUAUUUUAAUAUUAAAACUUUUUCAUGAACUAAAUAAUGAACAACUUUAACUAUACUUCGAAAUACAUCAAGUUAUUAAAUAAAUUAAGUAAUAAUAAUAAAACCACAGCAGCUUUAAAAACUUCAAUUUUACACUUAGUACGAAACGAAUCAAGAAAUAUAAAGACUGAUAAAAUUAUUGAUGGAAAACAGCAAUGUACUUAUUGUUUAAACAAUUGGAGAGAUGGUCAAUUUUUAAUAAAAACUGUUCCUGUUAAAUACAAAAAGAAAACCAUUCUAAGAACUCAACAUUUUUUCAAAAUGGUUAUUAGAUGUACCAUUUGUCAAAAAUCAACUGUUUUUAAUUUUCAAAAGAAUAAAAUUGACAAGGAAAAAUUUGUACAAUAUAUUGAAUUUAAGGAAAGUCAUCAUGGAACUUCUAGUAUAGAUAUCAAUAAAGACCAAAUAUUGAACAAUUUAGAAAAUAUAUCAAAGCCUAUUUUAAUUGAUCUAAAACAAAAUAAGGCUGCAAAUUGUAAUUUAAAUCGUGAGGAAGAUAUUAAAAAUAUUAAUAUUAGUAUUUUAAACAAAAAGAGAAAAAAGAAAAAUAGGUCACGUUAUGCUGGAUUGAACCCUUCAGUUUUAAAAAAAAUUAACAUUAGUAAAAAUAAAAAGGCUUGAAGAUAUAUAUUUUUCACAACUUUAUAAAAUCUAUUGGUUUUAUCAAUAAAUAUUAAAAUAUAAGAAAUAAGUGUAAAACAUGUAUAACCAGUUACUUGUCUCAAUAAAUCAAAUUAAAUUUGAUACAGAAUUUAAUAAAUUUUUUGCCAUAAACA